GUUUCGCAGCAGCUGUUUUCCGGAAGGCGACGACUGUUGGUGCUCCGCUUGCGCCGGGCUUCGAGGGGCGAAGGAUCCGCCUGGCGAUGGCUUCUCUUUGGAGGAGCCGCGGAGUGUGGCGAGGCUGCAGCCGGAGGCUUGUUUCAACAGCUCCCGCUCCUCAACUCUCAGUAGCUGAGAUUGCUCAGAUGCGCAGUGAGCUCUUCACAAAAGAGAAAGAGAGGCAAUUGUCACUUUAUCCACGAAUUGAGAAGAUUGAAGUUAAAUAUGUUGGCAAACCUAAUCCAGGCACUUUUUUAAUAAUGAACAAAGGGCUUUCCACUCCUUACACUUGUGCUAUGCAUUUAAGUGAAUGGCACAGUAAGAGAUCGGUACUUGCCCUUGUAGAUGGACAAAUCUGGGAUAUGUACAGGCCUUUGACUCGCUCCUGUGAAAUUCAGUUUCUUACUUUCAAAAGUGAGGACCCGGAGGAGGUGAACAAAGCCUAUUGGCGCUCUUGUGCUAUGAUGCUGGGCUGUGUAUUAGAACAGGCAUUUAAAGAUGAAUACCCAGUCACUCUUGUUAGAGCUCCGGAAGUGCCAGUGAUAUCUGGAGCUUUUUGCUACGAUGUAAUCUUGGACAGCAGGCUGGACGACUGGAAACCAACUGCUGAAAGUCUACAUUCUCUUACAAAAGACGUUAACAAACUAAUUCAUAAAGACCUUCCAUUUGAAAUGCUGGAUGUUGAUGCAAAAGUGGCGCUUGAAAUUUUUCAACAUAACAAGUACAAAAGGGAGUUAAUUGAACAGCAAGCUUCACAGAACUCUGAAAGAAUAGUAAAAUUGCACAGGUUAGGUGACUUUGUAGACAUUAGCGAAGGUCCGCAGAUUCCCAGAACCAGCCUAUGUCACCAGUAUGAGGUGACAGCUGCUCAUAAUGUUCCAAGGGCUGAGUCUGAGCUUAUGCGGAGAUUCCAGGGUCUCUCUGUUCCAAUUUACUUAAAGCUUCAUCACACAAUAUGGCACAGGUUGCGGGAAAGGUCUCGAAACCUAAUCAGUGAAGACAAAAUGAAAGAAGCAAAAGAUGAAAAUGAAAUCUCAAAUACUGAAUCAGCCUAAGUCUUUCUAAUUUGCACAUGGGUAAAACUUGUCAACAUUAAAUUGUGUUUUCUUUGUAAA